GGGCACAACAGAUAGAUCAAAGCCCACACGUAUGUCCGUUCUGGGACACGGCACUGCUUUGUGACAAAAGCCAAAGGGCAAAGUGAGUGUCCACCUCUGACCUGUCUCAGGACCUCCCCGUUCCAUCCCCUACUGCUUUCACGGUUUCCUGGUUGCUUUGUCACUCUUUCUUGCUCAGUUUCUCCUGCUUUAUGAAGUUUAUCCCUGCUCCAGCCCAGCACUGUCAGGCAGCCCUUAUACCCAACUCCUCUCCCGAUACAAUUCUCUGUCCUGGCUACUCUCGCCCUGCAUACAGCUCUUCAUCUCCACACCAGAUCCUACAGUGGUUGUUUAUCUCAUUUCUCUCUCAUUUAUCUUUCAGAGAACAGAUGCCCCUUCCUCACUGUCUGACAAUGGCACCUUCACAUCCACACUUGUGUGACACUGGGCAGAGCCCAGUGCCCUGGGAACAGCCUGGGACACCUGGGGCACCAACCCAGGGCAUGAUAUGGGUUCUGUGUGCUCUGCAUCCCUCUUUCCGUGGAGCCAGAAAUAUUCGUGCAGUGAACAGAAAGCGACCGGUAACGGAGUGACACCAGAGCGCAAGGCGCUGGUGAGGCAUUGCUGAGGUGCUGGUGAGGUGCUGGCCUUUGUGCAGACAGGAGGAGGUAAGAGCUGUCCAAGGGCCUCUCCGUUUCACUGCCUGUAAUGAGCAGCGGCUGUGAAACAGGCAAGGAAGGACUUUUUCACAGAAUCGUAGAAUCACAGACUGGUUUGGGUGGGAAGGGACCUUCCUACGUGUCCCUGGGACCGGAGGGGGCAGCGGCUGCUCUAGGGCCUGUGGGGGGACAGUCAAAUUACCUGGGAGAAGGAAAAAGGGUCUGGAUCCAGGCCCAACCAUCCUGGCUAUAAAAAGCCGGAGCAGCCCCGUGUCCCCUCUGCAGGAGCUCCGUGGGGGGGCUGGAGCAGCACCCAGACCCCACACCCACUGCAGGGCACAGGCCCUCCCAGAGGAAGCGGCCGCGGCCCCAGCUGCGUCCCCACAGUGCCUGGCCGGGUCCUUGGGGAGUCUCUGCCCACCAUGGAGCUCCUGCCACUGCUGCUGGUGCUGCUGGCUGUCACCCCGGCCACUGGCAUCCCCCUACGCUGGUCAGACCUUAACAGCGCCCUCAGGGAGAUUGAACUGAACAUGGCCCCCAACUCCUUCGACGACCGGUACUUGCGCUGCCGCGUCAAAAUGGCGAAGGCGGUGAGGGCACUCAACCGCACUGAGUUUGCCACCAACAGCGACUACGCUGAGGCCUGGGUCAAGGCCACCGUCAAAUUGCACAGCCGCAAGUUGGUGGAGUCCCGGCUGCGGCCGGAACAGGCCAUUGCCCUCAUGGCGUACUCAAUGGAGGAGGGCCUGUAUGCGGAGUUCAACAAGGCCGUGCGCAGCGCCGGGCGCUCCCGCCAGGAAUACCUGCGCAACUUCCCCUUCAAGGUGGUGCAUUUCCUCCUGACCGAGGCCGUGGAAGUCCUGCGGGAUGAGAAGACCCACCCCCGCUGCCUCCAGGUGUACCGGGGUAUUGAAGGUAUCCGGUUCAUCACUGAGCGUGGCAAGAUCAUUCGCUUUGGCCAGUUUGCCUCCAGCUCCCUGCUGAGAAACGUCAGUGACUCCUAUGGCACUGACACAACAUUUGAGGUGCACACCUGCCAUGGCGCCAACAUCCGGAACUUCUCCAACUACCCUGAGGAGGAGGAAGUCCUCAUCCCGCCCUUUGAGACCUUUAAUGUCACCAGUAUCACACGUGAAGGGGCCAAAACCCACAUCCAGCUCCACUCCCACGGCGUGUACAGCAAAUACGACUGCGCGUGGCUCCGAGGUGACAUCCCUGGGGUGGGGACACCCGCGGUCAGGUGUGGGGACAGGGCAGGGGUGGUACCAGGGCACCAGCUCUUCCAGGACAGGGGCAAUGGUGGUGGGGCAGGGGAUGGGGGUGGUGGGGCUUUGGGCAUCACACAGCUCCAGCUGCUCUCCUGGCACUGCACGGCACUGGACGGGAGGGGGUGUCAGGGUGUUGUCCUGACAAUGGGCUCAUUUCCCAGUGGCAGAGCCAAUCCACACCCCAAGAUGAGGGAUUUCUACUUUUUAUUCUAAUUCGUGGAAAGUAGGGAGUCAAUGGUAACCCUCUGACUCCCUUCCUCUG